CUUUAUCCUCACAGUCUUAACUCGGACGACGAACCGAGAUGAUGAUCGGACUGUUGCUCUUUGUCAUUCUUCCGUAUCAACUCGCGCAACCGGACGCAAACAACAAUGGACUAAUUGGACUCGUCGCGACUCUAAGUUUUUCCGUGCUGCCCAUCGGAAUCGCCGUUAGCACCAGAUAUGUUCCAAAAUGGAAGAAGCAAGCGUGCGAAAUACCAGCGUCCCAACAUCCCAACUCGCACUACGUCUGCGACGAAGCUGGCGAAGUGAAAUGUUUGCCAGGAUGGACCGGAGAUCUUUGCGACGUGCCGAUUUGCCGCAAGGGUUGCGAUCCUCUGCAGGGCUACUGUCGACGACCGGGAGAGUGCCGUUGCAAACUUGGUUUCUACGGCGAUCUGUGCGACAAGUGCGUGGCUCUACCUGGAUGUCAGCACGGAAGAUGUAACGUAAGCUUCGAGUGCUCCUGCGAUCCCGGUUGGAAGGGCAUGUUCUGCUCCGAACCGAUCUGCGCUUCCGAUUGUCUACCCAAUCAGGGUUACUGCGAAAAACCCGGCGAGUGCAGAUGUCGAUUGGGUUGGCAGGGAUCUAAGUGCAAGCAGUGCGCGGUGCUGCCGGGUUGCGCCCACGGGACCUGCCAAGGACCUCUGGAGUGUCGAUGCAACCCGGGUUGGACUGGAUUACUUUGUCAAACACCGAUAUGCGCGCAAGGAUGCAGCCGGGAGCACGGCGGCUGCAAACGACCGGGUACGUGCAGAUGCCGCGUCGGUUGGACGGGACCGAAUUGCACCGAGUGCGUGCCGUAUCCCGGCUGCGUUCACGGUUCGUGCAAACGGCCGUGGGAAUGCAGAUGCGAGCCCGGCUGGGCGGGCGAUCUCUGCAACGAGAAACUCACCUACUGCGAGGAGCAUCCCAACACUUGCCGAAACAAUGCCACCUGCAUCAGCAUGAGUCCCGAGGACGGCAAUUAUAGAUGCAUCUGUCCCCUGGGCUACAUGGGUCGACAGUGUCAGAUAAAAACGAUGGUACCGUCGACGGAUCUGGUGCCGCCGAUUCCCGACACGGAAUUGUCGCAGCAGAUUCAAAAUCUUGCGAAUAAAACGGAAGGAUCUUCGAACGAGGACAAAACUGGAGAAGAAUCUACCAACGAGAAAGAGCAAACCGCGGAACCGCUCGGACCCAUAGUGAUCACGGACCCGCCGAUGACCAUCGCAGAUUCGGCUGCGACCGCGGGAAAAUGGCCGACGGAAAUGACCACGGAAUCGAACGAAGGAGACGACGAGAAUGAGACAUAAAAUGAAACAAUUUUCUGACACAGUUCUCUAUUUUUCUUUUUUUUUGCUCUCUCUCUAUUUAUUUUACUUCUUUAUUUAUUUAUUUAUUUAUUUACCCCAAGUUGCAUGUUUUCUACGUAACUUAUAAAAUAUUUGAAUAAAAGAUAAUUUUGUAUAUUAUUACUGACUGAUAAAACAAAAUUAUCUUUGUCCAUUAAGUUAUAUAAUCGAUGUAUAACAUGUAUACACACACUUUUGCGAAAUAUAUGCGUAUAAAAAAAUAUA